AUGCCUCUCAAUUCCCUGGUGAUGGAAAGCUGGAAUCAAGCCCUGACUGUGCUAUCAUUCUGGAAACUGACUUGUGUUAUUCCCGCUUUGCUGGUCACCUAUUUUGCGAGCUGGAGCGUUUACACUCUCUUUCUGCAUCCGCUGAGCGAUUACCCCGGCCCCAAACUAGCAGCCAUCACCCCUCUGGUCCACGUUGUCUGGGACAUCCAGGGCAAGCAGCAUUCUGUCAUAACCAGUCUCCAUGACAAGUAUGGAGACGUCGUCCGCAUUGCCCCGAAUGCCCUAGCCUACCGCGCCGCCUCCGGCUGGAAAGAUAUCUAUGGCCACCGCAAGAAAGGCCAAAAAGUCUUCCGAAAAGAUCCAGCCCUGUACGCUCCCACUCCCAAUGGAGUAAAUGCCAUCAUCACGGCCCAGGAGGACGCGCACCAGCGCAUGCGUCGUUUGCUCACCCACGCCUUUUCAAACAAAGCCCUCAAGGCGCAGGAGGAAAUCCUGCAGACAUAUGCUGAUAUGCUGAUCGAAAAGCUCCGAGGAAUUAUGGGGAAUACAUCAUCCCAGCGCAUCGAUAUCGCCCGCUGGUUCAACUUCACUACCUUCGACCUCAUCGGUGACCUCGCUUUUGGCGAACCUUUCGGCUGUCUAUCGAGCAGCACAUAUCACUGGUGGGUUCUUAUCAUUUUGGACGCGGUCAAGGCAAGUGCAUACCUCAAAAUAUUUUGGUUUUACUCUUUCCUCCUACCACUUGCCAAGUUCCUGGUUCCUAAGGACUUGAUCGAAAAGCGAACUAAGAGCUUCAACCUCAGCGUUGAGAAAGUCCGUCGUCGACUUGCUCGUGGUACUACUCGUCCUGAUUUCACUUCAUACAUCCUCAAACACACAAAAGAAGGUCUUGGUAUGUCUCUUGAAGAGAUGGAUGCCAACUCUGCUGUGUUUGUGCUGGCUGGUAGCGAGACUACUGCUGCGUUGCUUUGUGGUGCGGUUUAUUAUCUCAAUCGUCACCGGGACAAGUACCAGCGUUUGGUUAGGGAGAUCCGUGGCUCAUUUGCCAAGGAGGAAGAUAUUAGCCUCGCUGCUCUUGUUGAGCUCCCUUAUCUCAAUGCCGUUCUGAUGGAAAGCAUGCGUGUCUACCCACCCAUUCCAUCCAUGCUGCCUCGUAUUGUUCCCGAGGGUGGUGCAAUGAUCAAUGAACGCUACGUUCCUGGCGGGACCUCCGUCUCGAUGUCCCCCUACUCGACCUUCCAUGCUGCGGCGCACUUCAGAUACCCAGAUAGCUUCAUCCCAGAGCGUUGGCUAUCAGAGACCAUCGAGUUCGAGGACGACAAGAAGGACGCCUUCCAGCCCUACUCGUGGGGUCCUCGGAAUUGCCUUGGCCAACAUCUCGCCAACGCAGAGAUGCGCUUACUGCUCACCAAAGUGUUCUGGAACUUCGAUAUCGAGCUGCCCUCCGAAUCCCUCGGCUGGAUCAACCAGAAGUCCUUCUCGCUAUGGAAACGACCAGAACUGAUGGUCAACCUUUCCCGUGCGAACAGUUGCCAGUCCUAA